AUAUUCGUUAUUACACGUUUGCGCACGUGUCGUGCUAACGCAUCAUCGCGCGUCGAUGAUCUCCGAUCAACAAUCACUGACGGCCUAUAACGGCUGUAACGGACUCGUAGCGCGAAUUGAUGCGUAUCGCGGUGUGUGCAGGCUCAGACUCCAGUUCGUGCGAAGCAGCAGCUGCAGGCGCCUGCCGUCUAUAUAAGCCAUACUUGCAAGUGUUUUGUUGCAGCUAAGACCAGGGGAUUGCGCCUUGUGGUUUGCCAAAAGUGAGCAUUGGAACUCGGCAGCGACUGGAGGAGUUGAUAGAAAUAAGCAGUUGGAAACGAUCUAUUUAAUUAAACGCUCUCGAAAAAAUGGCAUCUCCUUUCACGUGUAUCACAUGUAGAGUAGCAUUUCGUGAUUUGGAAGUUCAAAGACAGCACUACAAAUCAGAUUGGCAUCGUUAUAAUUUGAAAAGAAAAGUAGCCGAGCUUCAGCCUGUCACAGUUGAAGACUUUCAAAAACGCGUGAUUGCUAAUCGAAAACAAAUUGAUGAAGAAAACCAAAGUCAACAUGCCUUUUGUCAAGUGUGUAAAAAGUGCUUCAAUACCAAAAAUCAGUAUGAAAAUCACCUGCUAUCAAAAAAACAUAAAGAAAAUGUCACAAAAGUUCAAAAUACAUCUGGAUCAAAAGAUGAACCAAUGGAACAAAAAAAUGGAGAAAGCUCUGGUACACCUGCUGCAAUUUUAAGCAAUACUAAAGAUGACGAAGAAGAUGAAAUGGAAGUAGAUUCUGAUGUGGAAUCUGUGGAUUCGGAUGAGUGGAUAGAAGAUACUGAAAAUCCUGUUAAUAACAAUGAUUGUUUGUUCUGCAAUCAUCAUAGCCGAAGUUGGGUGCGAAACUUAAAACACAUGACACUUGAGCAUUCAUUUUUUAUCCCAGAUGCUGAAUACUGCACUGAUUUCAGAGGUUUACUCAUUUAUUUAGGGGAAAAAGUUUUUGGCGGAUACAUGUGUAUUUGGUGUAACGAUAAAGGGAAAUCAUUUAAAAGUGCAGAUGCUGCAAGGACUCAUAUGAUAGACAAGGGUCACUGUAAAAUGCUGCAUGAAGGAGAAGCUUUAGCAGAAUAUGCUGAGUUUUAUGAUUACUCAGCAAGUUAUCCAGAUGCUGAUGUAGCUCAUCCAGAUGAAGAAGUUGAUGAUCCCUCUGAAUUGGAAGCAUCAGAUCAUCAAUUAGUGUUACCAUCAGGAAAUGUUAUAGGACAUCGUUCUUUGUUGCGUUAUUAUAAACAACAUUUGAAUCCUAAUCGUGCACUUACCUUGCCAAAGAGUGUUAAACUAGAACGAGUUAUCAAUAUGUACCGUGCUUUAGGAUGGACUGGAACUCAGAUUGAAGCUGCAAAGAAAAAAGCAGUGGACUUGAAAUAUAUGCAACACAUACAACAAAAAUACCACAUGAAACUUGGGACGAAAGCCAACAAAUUGCAAACUCAUUUCAGAGCACAAGUCAAUUUUUAAACUCUUUUACAAAAAAUUUCUGUUACUAUAUUGGUCAUACAAUAUUCUUGAGACAGAUUUUUUUUUAAAAUCAAGACUGUCUAAUUGCUCUGACUGAUAGCAUAUAAAUUAUGCUGCCUACUCAUGAUUUCACCAAUACCUUUGCUUUUUAUAUAUGCAAAGUGUGCAAAACUUUGCAUAAUAUUACCAUAUUUAGCAGUUUUUGUACAGAUUUUAGAUGGAAAUUUCUCAACGUGUGAUCAAUUAUGUGAUAAAUCUUAAUUAUCAUUAAUCAACAUUUUUCACUAAUAAAAUAGUGCUUGUACAUUUGUAAA